CCAAGCAACACGAGCUCGUUGUCGUGUAAGACUGGAUGUCUUCACCACCUCAUGACGUCUUUUGAGCAAGUCGGCGUUAUGGUGGGCCGUCUGCAGCACUUCAAUGUUCGUGAGUCAACUACACAACAACAGAGACAAGCGUACAAGACUCUCCCACGACACAUUGGUAGAGACAAGAUGGUGUCGCUGGAUGCUGUCAUGCAGUGUAACAAGCAGGCCUGGGAGGCAUGUAGCAGGACUCUUGACUGUGACAGUUGUGUCACACAGCAGAUGAAUGUAUCUCUGGUAGUGCGUAUGGUGGGAAAGAUGGCCUUGCUCAUUGACGAAGCGUGUAAGGACUUUCGAUCUUCAGGCGAACAUCGGGGGUCCGGUUCUGAUGAUGCGCUGGGUCAGUACUCGAUCGACACAUUGGAGGAAUGGCUUGCAGUUAUGAGUCCGAUGGUGCUUCUCCAGACGAAAGCUUUGGAAGAGGUGAUGAGAAAAGUGGAGGAAGUUGACUGUCUGAGCCAGCAGAAGAUGACAAGAAGCGAGCUGCAAAGCGCACAUAGGAGUGUAGCGAUGGCUCAUCAGCUUCUUGAUGGUAGCAGAUACUUUUGAAUGCGACUCUGGACAAGAUUCUUGAGCGUCGACGUUAUGGAGUGGGGAGGAAGGUGCUGCUGUCGUGGACGGCUCCCUGACCGGACGAUAAUAGCCCGAUACGGUAGUAAGCAGUAACUGACCAAUCUCUUCUUGGUAUGUCUUCCUCUUGUACUGAACGGGAAACUGCCGGU